AUGGCUGAUACUGAUACUGAUACCGAUACCGCUCGCGUCACGGACUUCACCGCGUCGUCAGACGCCGUGGGCCAGUCUGACUCGCCAUUGCUGGACAAUGACAUGACCCUGGUCCCUGAGGAGGACGUCUCGCUGACGUUGGGAAGCGACUCGCUGCUGAUUCUUGAUACAAAGACCACGCAUGCGAUCGCCUUGUACAAUGUUCUCGACGCUACGUGCUCGCCGCAGGGGCUCAGAAUCACCUACGCGAAGCCGGCUUCCAAGGAGGAUGUGGCGGUGGCGUACCUGGACUACUCGGUAGAGGCACGGGAGCAACCCAAGGUCGAGGGCUGGGUUGGACGACUGCUCUCGCUGGCAUACGGCGAGGCGCAACGGCACAAGCGACUCAAGGUCCUGAUCAGCCCUGCCAGCGGCAAGGGCACCAUCAAGUCGCUGUACACACGGUACGCGGAGCCGAUUCUUACCGCGGCGCGCUGCCAUAUCGACCAGGAGGUGACGCAGUAUAGCGGGCAUGCCCGGGAGAUCGCGGCGCAGAUCGACGUGGAUUCCUACGACGCGAUCGUCUGCUGUUCCGGCGACGGUCUGCCGUACGAGGUAUUCAACGGCCUGGCGCAGAAGCCGAACGCCCGGCAGGCGCUGGAGAAGAUCGCGGUGGCCAUGAUCCCCGGCGGAUCGGGAAAUGCGAUGGCGUGGAACCUGUGCGGGACGGGCAGCGUCUCCGUGGCGGCGCUGGCGAUCGUCAAGGGUCUUCGGACCCCCUUUGACCUGGUCUCGGUGACGCAGGGCAACACGCGCACCCUGUCCUUUCUCUCGCAGUCGUUUGGCAUCGUGGCCGAGGCCGAUCUGGGCACGGACGACAUCCGCUGGAUGGGGGCGCACCGCUUCACGUAUGGCUUCCUCAAGCGGCUGUUACGCAACACAGUGUGGCCGUGCGAGGUGGCUGUCAAGACCGAGAUAGCCGACAAGCAGGCGAUCAAAGACCACUACCGGGCGUAUGCGGCCCGCGGGCCGUCGCUGAAACGGGAAUCCAACGACCUCGCCGCCCUGGGAGACGACAGCGAGGAGGGCCUGCCCCCGCUCAGAUACGGAACGGUGCAGGAUAAACUGCCUCCGGACUGGGAGGUCAUCCCGGGCGAACAGAUGGGCAACUUCUACGCGGGCAAGAUGGCCAUCAUGACCAAGGACACCAAUUUUUUCCCCGCCUCGUUGCCGCACGACGGCCUGAUGGACCUGGUCACCAUCGACGGCACGGUCAGCCGCCUCACCUCGCUGCAGAUGAUGACCUCGGUCGCCUCGGGUGAGUUCUUCGACAUGCCGGACGUGCACGUCCGCAAGGUGUCUGCCUACCGGCUCUCCCCGCGAGACAAAGAGGGCUAUAUCAGCAUCGACGGCGAGCGGGUCCCCUUUGAGCCCCUCCAGGCCGAAGUGCACAAGGGACUAGGCACGGUGCUUUCGAAAUCGGGCCAUCUCUACGAAGUAGACGGGCCGAAGUGA